AUGAAAAAAGGAGCUCCUGUAAUGAAGACGGGUCGGGUCAUGACUCAGGUUUUUGUUCUGAUAUUUCUUUUUCAAGGUGUUCAUUCCGGAACGUCACGAAACAAAUUAACUAUUGCCAAACCGGGACAAAACCUUGCAUCUCCUCCGGUUACGCUUAAGAAAAUUGGCGUUGACCAAGUGGUCGUUGAUAAUGGUAUCAUCCAAGUCACCUUCUCGAAUCCAUCAGGCUUAAUAACUGGAAUCAAGUAUAAUGGUUUUAACAAUGUGUUGGACGACAAAAUUGAGGAUCGCGGGUAUUGGGAUGUAGUAUGGUAUGAACAAGGAAAAGAAUCGCAAACAGAUUUAACAUGGACUAUCACUCGACAAGGCUCGAUAGCCCCAUUAAACGUUGAUAAAAGAUAUAUUAUUCGACGCGGUGUUUCUGGAGUGUAUAUGUACGCUGUCUUAGAGAGGUUGAAAGGCUGGCCGCAAGUGGAGAUGGACCAAACCAGAAUCGUCUUCAAGCUUGAGACAACAAAAUUCGACUUUAUGGCUAUAUCAGAUAAUCGGCAGAGGAUUAUGCCUUCUGCUGCAGAUCGAAAUAUCAGCAAUGGUGCUGCCGCGCCAUUGGCUUACAAAGAAGCGGUUCGGUUGAUAAAUCCACAAAAUCGUAUGCUUAAAGGGCAGGUUGACGAUAAGUAUAUGUACUCAAUGGAAAGCAAGGACAACAAAGUACACGGUUGGGUCUCUUCUGACCAACGUGUCGGCUUCUGGAUGAUUACUCCCAGCGAUGAGUUCCGUGUUUGUGGGCCUGUUAAACAAGAUCUCACUUCUCAUGUUGGACCCACUGUACUUUCUAUGUUUACAAGUGUACAUUACGCGGGAAAGGAGAUGAACACAGCUUAUGCAAGCAAUGAGCCGUGGAAGAAGAUGUUUGGUCCUGUCUUUGUUUAUCUCAACUCUGGCUCCUCUAGUAAUCUCCUUUGGACCGAUGCUAAACGACAGAUGGCUGCCGAGGUUCAAAGCUGGCCUUAUGACUUCGUGAAGUCAGCAGAUUACCCUCUUCGCCAACAAAGAGGAAAAGUCAAGGGUCAACUAUUUGUCAUGGACAGUUACAAAAGCAAGUCGAAGUUAAACGGGGAAUUUGCUUUUGUGGGUUUAGCAUUACCUGGUCAAGCUGGUUCAUGGCAAACCGAAAACAAGGGAUAUCAAUUUUGGACACGAGCAGACAAAAUGGGGAGGUUCGCAAUAGCGAAUGUGAGACCAGGAAGUUAUAGCCUUUACGCAUGGGUUGUCGGAUUUAUUGGAGACUAUAAGUACGAGCGUGACAUUGUCAUCACACCAGGCAAGGAGAUAAAUGUUGGACCGAUAGUGUACAAGCCGCCAAGAAAUGGUCCGACGCUGUGGGAGAUCGGUGUACCGGAUCGGACCGCAGCAGAGUUCAAUAUCCCGGAUCCGGAUACAACCCUCUUGACCAAACUCCGUCUUAAUAACGCAAAUUCUUUUCAAGACAGAUUUAGACAAUAUGGUCUAUGGGAUCGUUACAAAGUUUUGUAUCCUCGAAAAGAUCUUGUUUUUACUGCUGGAGUAAGUGACUAUAAAAAAGAUUGGUUCUAUGCUCAUGUCAACAGAUAUUCUGGACAAAAGAAAUAUCAAGCAACGACAUGGGAAAUAGUGUUUAAUUUAAAAACAGUGAUGAAAAGAGGAAAUUACACAUUUCGAAUGGCUUUGGCUGCAGCCUCAAAUGCGGAUUUAUAUGUUCGGUUUAACGAAGCUAAUUCCAAUCCUAUUUUCACGACCGGAUUAGUAGGUCGGGAUAGCGCGAUUGCUAGGCAUGGAAUUCAUGGUCUAUACAGAUUGUACAGUAUCGAUGUUCAAAUAAAUUUGCUUAGGGUUGGUCGUAAUACAAUUUUUCUUACUCAAAAUCGGAAUACUAGUUUGUUUACAGGUGUUAUGUACAGUGAAUUAGCCAUGGAGAUGAAAAACGGAGCUCAGGCAAUGAAGAUGGGUAGGGUCAUGAUUCAAGCUUUUGUUCUGAUAUUCCUUCUUCAAGGUGUUCAUUCCCGAACGUUAGGAAGCGAAUCUGGACGAAAGCUCGCAUCUGCCCCGGUUACGGUUAAAACAACCGGAGAUAAAGAAGUGGUCGUUGAUAAUGGUCUCAUCCAAGUCACCUUCUCGAAUCCAGCAGGCUUAGUCACUGGAAUCAAGUAUAAUGGCUUUGACAAUGUGUUGAACGAAAAGAUUGCGAAUCGUGUGUAUUGGGAUAUAGUAUGGUAUGAACCAGGACAAGUAUCGCAGACAGAUUUUUUACUUGGAGAAAAGUUCAAGAUAAUAAGCCAAACAAGUGAGCAAGUCGAAUUAUCAUUUUCAAAAACAUGGGAUACCUCUAAACGCGGCAAGACAGUCCCAUUAAACGUAGAUAAAAGAUAUAUUAUUCGACAAGGUGUACGCGGAGUGUAUAUGUACGGUGUGUUAGAGAGGUUAAAAGGCUGGCCGGCAGCAACAAUGGACCAAACAAGAAUCGUCUACAAGCUUAACAGAACACAGUUCGACUAUAUGGCUGUAGCAGAUCAUCGACAGAAUCUAAUGCCUUUCGAAGCAGACCGAAAUCUCACCGAUGGUAGUGCCGCUCCAUUGGAAUACAAAGAAGCGGUUCGGAUGGUAAAACCAAAAAAUCCAUUAUUUAAAGGACAGGUUGACGAUAAGUAUCUUUACUCAAUGGAAGGCAAGGACAACAGACUACAUGGUUGGAUCGCUACUGCACAACGUGUUGGCUUCUGGAUUAUUACUGCCAGCAACGAGUUCCGUACUUGUGGGCCCGUCAAACAAGAACUUACUUCUCAUACUGGACCCACCUUACUUUCUAUGUUUACAAGUACACACUAUGCGGGAAAAGAACUCAACACAACUUACGCAAGCGAUGUGCCGUGGAAGAAGAUGUUUGGUCCUGUCUUUGCUUAUCUCAACUCUGCUCCCUCUCAUGAUCUCAUGUGGACCGAUGCUAAACGACAGAUGGCUACCGAGGUUAAAAGCUGGCCUUAUGACUUCGUGAAGUCAGAAGAUUACCCUCUUCGCCAACAAAGAGGAACAGUCCAGGGUCAACUAUCUGUCAUGGACAGUUUUAAAAGCAAGUCGAAGUUAAACGGAGAAUUGGCUUUUGUGGGUUUAGCAUUACCUGGUGAAGUUGCUUCAUGGCAAACCGAAACCAAGGGAUAUCAAUUUUGGACACAAGCAGACAAAACGGGGACGUUCACAAUAGCGAAUGUGAGACCUGGGACUUAUAACCUCUUCGCAUGGGUUCCUGGACAUAUUGGUGACUAUAAAUACGAGCGUGAGAUUACCAUCGCACCAGGUAAAGAGAUUAACGUAGGACCCUUAGUGUAUCAGCCGCCAAGAAGUGGUCCGACGCUGUGGGAGAUCGGUGUACCGGAUCGGACCGCCUUAGAAUUCAAUAUCCCAGACCCGGACCCAAAACUUGUGACCAAACUAUUUGCUAAUCACGCAAAUGCUCCUGAAGACAGAUUUAGACAAUAUGGUCUAUGGGAUCGUUACAGUGCAUUGUAUCCUAAAGAAGAUGUUACUUUUACGGUUGGAAAGAGUGACUAUAAAAAAGAUUGGUUCUUUGCACAUCUCAACAGAAGAAUUGGAGAAAAGAAACUUGAACCAACGACAUGGAAAAUUGUUUUUAGGUUGAAAGAAGUGUCCAAUGGAAAUUAUACUCUUCGAAUGGCUUUGGCUGCAGCCAACACUGGCGAUAUAUUAGUUCGAGUUAACGAUCCUAGCUCCAAACCUAUGUUUAGGACUGGGCUAGUAGGUCGGGAUAACGCGAUCGCUAGACAUGGAAUUCAUGGGUUAUACAAAUUGUUCAAUAUCGACGUUCAGCGAAAUUUGCUUAAGGCUGGUGACAAUACGAUUUUUCUUACUCAAAAUCGGGUCACUAGUAUUUUUACAGGUGUUAUGUAUGAUUAUCUUCGUUUGGAAGGUCCUGCCGGAGCCAUAUAA